AUGGCACCUCAGAUGACUACCCUGUUUGAAAUGGACAAAGGAUUUCGUCGACCAAAAUGUGCCCGUUGUCGUAAUCAUGGAAUGAUAUCUUGGUUAAAAGGUCAUAAACGACAUUGUAAAUUUCGUGAUUGUGCAUGUGCCAAAUGUAAUUUGAUAGCAGAAAGACAACGUGUAAUGGCAGCGCAAGUUGCUUUGAAACGUCAACAAGCGUCUGAAGAUGCUAUUGCUAUACGUGUAAGAUGUUUAUCACCGUUUGCACAAUUGCCAGCCGGUCCCGUUUGGGGAAAUGUUUCAUCAUCCUCAACAACAACAACAACAACAACCAAAGAAGAGGAUACAACAGAUGAAGAAAAACCAGGGCCGACAUCAUCGAAUUCACCAAUGGAUGAGCAAUCACUCAGCUCCAUAUCCCCAAAAGAGAGUAGUCCAAAAUCAAAAACUGGUGAAUCGACUAAUCAUACAACCACACCACCAACAACAACAACAAAUACAUUGAGUGUAAAUUCUGAUUCUGAGGAUGAAAACAACUAUUCACCAGAUGCUGCUGUUACUCCACGUCAUUCAUAUAUUGAAUUACUCGAACGUGUAUUUCCAAUGCAAAAGCGCUCAAUUUUAGAACUAGUAUUGAAUACAUGCCAUAAUGAUUUAGCUAAAGCCAUUGAACAUUUCAUGGUACUUGGUGAUAGUCUAGCAACAUCUCACCAUCAACAAUUACAAACAACGACAACAACAACAAAAUCAGCAUUUACUCCUAUCAGUCCAUUAUCGACUUUCACGGCGGCUGCAUUUGAUUAUCGACCGACAAUGUAUUUUUCUCAUCGCGAUACUCACCAAACACAUCAUCAUCACACAUCCUGUCCACCACCAUUAUCGUUUGUUACACCAGGACUUUAUCCACCACCAAAUUUUUUACAUUUGACACAUGCCGGUCAAGCAGCAGCGUUAGCUUACGUAUCUGCAGCUGCUGGAGAAAAACUUUCCAAAAGACAAGAUAUUCUAUGUUCGCUAAAAUACGAUCGAUAA